UGCGGAUGGGAGCAGCAGAGAAACAACGCUUCUCCAUCCAUCCAUUCAUCCCAACCUUACACCUUUUAUCGCUUUUGUGGUCUGUGCUGCAAUGUUGAUCCUGGACGUUUUGUCCCCGCUCCUCCUCCUCCUUUCCAUCCUGUUGCCGGGCUACGGUUGCCGGGCGGCGGACAUUCCAGAGGACACUACAUCAGAGUUCUCCGUCAGACUGUACCACCGGCUGCAGGCAGCGGGGGGUCAGGAAAACAUCAUUUUUUCCCCACUGAGUGUGGCCAUUGCCCUGGGCAUGGUGGAGCUGGGAGCCAGGGGGGAUUCACUGGAGGAGAUUCGACAGACUGUUGGAUUUAGCCACCUGCUGCCAGGCGUGGAGUUUUCUUUGCUCCAGAACCUGACUGAGGCUAUUUCGGAUGAUGAUGCCCACUACGUCAUCCGAUUUGCUAACAGCCUUUUCCUUCAGGAAGGCGUCACCUUUAAUCCCGAGUUUCUGCACAUGAUGAGGAAAUACUUUCGAGCUGAAGUGGAAACGGUGGACUUCAGCGAGUCAUCAGCUGUUGCUGAGCAGAUCAACAACUGGGUGGAGAACCAUACAGAGAGUAAGAUCCGAGCUCUGCUGUCAGCUGAGGACUUCAAUAGUGUGACCCGCCUGACCUUGGUGAACGCUGUCUAUUUCCGAGGCUCCUGGAAAAACCAGUUCAGGCCAGAGAACACCAGGACAUUUUCCUUCAGCAGAGAUGACGGCUCUGAGGUUCAGACCCUCAUGAUGUAUCAGCAGGGAGACUUCUACUAUGGCGAAUUCAGCGAUGGCUCUCAGGAAGCUGGUGGUGUGUAUCAGGUUCUGGAGAUACCUUAUGAGGGAGAGGACAUGUCCAUGAUGAUCAUCCUGCCUCGACAGGAGGUACCGCUGGCUUCCCUGGAGCCCAUCAUCAAAGCACCACUGCUGGAGGAGUGGGCUAACAAUGUUAAACAACAGAAAGUGGAAGUAUACCUUCCCAGGUUUAAGGUGGAGCAGAAGAUUGAUCUGAGGAGCACCCUACAGGAGCUGGGAAUUAAGAACAUCUUCACCAAUGAUGCUGAUCUCUCUGCCAUGACAGAUGGCAAAGAUCUGUACAUUGGGAAGGCAGUGCAGAAGGCCUACCUGGAGGUGACAGAGGAGGGGGCUGAGGGAGCUGUUGGGUCAGGAAUGAUUGCCCUGACCAGGACUCUGGUGCUGUACCCACAAGUCAUGGCAGAUCACCCAUUCUUCUUUGUCAUCAGAAACAGAAGGACAGGGUCCAUCCUCUUUAUGGGCAGAGUCAUGACCCCUGAAGUGGUCGACCCCAGCGACCAUGACUUUGAUUCCAUGUAACCGGAUAGUCUCAACCAAUCAGAUCUUGACAUUAUAAAUGCUACCUAUUCUCUAUCACCAUUUCCAGCUGGGUUUUAUACUCUUAAUGAAAAAAAUAUAUAUUAACCGAAUAUUAUAUGAUAUAUUAUAUACCAAAACAUGACAUACAACAUGUGAAGUGACUGUGUUUUUAUACUGGAAGCUUUAAACUCUUGGAUACAGACAUGCAGACAGAGGAAAUUGUAAAUAUUCUCUAGUAAAGUUUGCUUUGUAUCAGCGAGAGGAACACACGGUAUGUAAUCCACGCACAGCCCCUUUAAGUUCAGCAGCUUCUUACUCUCUUGCACCCAUACAUGCAGCACAAAAAAAGGAAAACUGAUCCUCUUCCAAAGUAGUCUCACCCUCUUCUUUCUUAGUAUGUAGUCCAUGUACGUUCCAAACAUUAAUUACAUCCCUGUACAUUCAGCAUUGUGUUCUAUAUAUACAAAUAUAUGCUCAGUAUUAAUUACAGGAUAAAUAUGUGCACACAUUUCAUCAUAACACAAGAAAUCUUAGUAAUAUAUCUGUUCCACACAGUCUUGAGACAUUUUUAUGCUGUAGGCACAUGACUUAUUUGCUGAUGAAUUAUUAUGGCUUAUCACAUUCAAUCUGUUAAUUAAACGCAAGCUGGGCAUCUUACAGGUGAGUAGAAGGGACUGCAGAACUAGGGCAGGUUGCUAUAGUGAUGGACCAGAGCAUUCAGGCACACAGGAGAAGAUCUGCAGCCUUGUUGUGGAUGUACAUACGGGAAGAAACAGUAACACCAGCUGUACUGAUUCUGUUAUUUAAUAAAACAUGAAUGUGUUCCCAUUAAAAAACAUAUAACCUUC